UUCGGCCGUCGGAAUCUGCGAGAUGUUACACAACGGCCGUAUGCGAUUGGUGAGAAGUCUGACGGUGAGCGUCAUAUGUUAAUAACCGACAACCAGUCCCAAGGGGUGUAUUUGGUCGAUCGGCGCUUCAACUUCUACCGAAUCCAACUGCACUUGCCUAAUAAGGACCACACUGGCAUGAUCAACACGACCCUUCUCGAUGGUGAAGUAGUUGAGGAUGGUCACGAUACCGAGGAGAAGACCGUGAGGUUUUUAGUCUACGAUGCUGUAGCCGUCGAUGGGCAAUGCGUUCGGGACUUCAAUUUAAUGCGCCGACUACAAGCAUUCCUAGAAGGAGUCCUCAUGCCUAGACGACAGCUCCCACCGGAGAAGAGAGCCAAUGAUGCAUUCCAAGUGUACUUGAAAGAUUUCUUCGAGGUCCGAGAAUAG